UUACAGUUAUGGAUGUUCUCUUUUGAAGUUGCUGUCAUGAGCUGUACUGAGUGCCCGUCACCUUUAACAUAUCUGCAUCAUAGGGCAUUCUAUUGUGGUGGACCCAGCUCCAGAGAGGGGAGAGAGUGGACAUGUUGUCUGAAUGAUGUCUGGUGCACUCCAUGUGAGAUGCCUGGCCAGGGGGGGAAUUCAUUGAAGAGACUCAAGUGGUGGUGUGUCGAGAGCUGGAGUUUUUUCAGCAAGGAGGUAUGUUGGCAUAACAAUCUUGUGGUUGAAUUGAUGCAUCCGUAACAUGCUAGUAUAUUGAGAGUAAACAACCGAUUUAUCGAACACAUGCUAUUUAACAAGCUGAUAGUGUCUAGGUAUAGACUAGGUAAGGCUCUAUUCAAGUCUAAACUCACGGCCAACAAAAAGCUUCCUUGGCACACUGUUGCAUCUCUGCUACUAAUCAAGCUGGUGAAGGAAAUUACACUUGUGCAUGGAUGCAGGACAGAACAAGAGCAAACAACACAAGCUGGUAGCAACCUGGGGACAGGUGUGUUUGGUGGAGCACUAGUAGCAUUGUUGCUACUUCUGUGUAUUGUGAUAACAUGCAUUUCCUGUUGUUGUUACAAGAGAAGAAUGAACAAACAAGUGACUCUUCAAGGUCAACAAAGAAGCUGCAAAGGGUGUACGACAAAUGACGUCAGAUUACAAUACACCGUGACUGGGAGGGUAGAGGUGUGCCGUGGAGGGAGAUGGUACAGUGUUUGUACGCCCUCAAAUUUUCUGGCUAAUGUUGUAUGCAGACAAUUGGAUUACUGUGAUGACAGAAGUACCACGUCUACUUCGUACAGUUCUAACUAUUACAAGGAAGUUGACUGUGCUGGACACGAGAGUGAUCUGAGUUCUUGCAGUAUUACGACUCCUCCCACUGGUUCAUGCUCACAAGCUGUUGUUGUUGACUGCCAAAAUUUUAAUACUCCAAAUUAUCCAACAAGCCCUUCAAUAAGUAUUCGCAGUUCCACCUCAAUUAGACUCAGAUGGUAUCGUCCCAGUACAAGUAACUGCAGAAGUAUCGAUGGUUAUAGAGUCACUUGUACAGCUCCUGGGUGUUCCAGUUUGAGUGUAGAGUCAACAACACAAACCACUCAUAUCUUUUAUUCUGCUUAUGUAACUAGCUGCAACUAUCGAUGCUGCAUCCGAAGCUACAACAAUGCUGAAAGUAGCUCUUCAACAUGCCCCUCUUUGCCUGUUCCAGGUACACCCAAUUCUGUGCAGGGAACGGUUCAGAGCCCACAGUCAGUCCGAAUAUCGUGGUCACGCCCAUCGACAAACUACCAGCAUAUCACUGGAUAUCGGGUAUCCUACAAUAACCAGGAAAUGCAAACUACAUUGACAAGUUUAACAAUCAAUGGCUUGACACUCACAACGUACACUUUCUAUGUGAGCGCUAACAGUGUGGCUGGUUGGAGUCAAAGCCGUUCCACCACUGUGACCAUAGCUCCCCCUAGUGCUCCACCACAACUGUCUGCAACAAAUCCGAACUCUACCUCAUUUAUUUUGAGGUGGGGUAGGCCUAGCAGCACGUACGGUCACCCAUACAGCUUCACUAUCAGAUGUGAUGAGACCUCCUACAGCACUGGACUACACUCGAUAGCAACAGACUUAAAUAUUUUGUCAUACACAGUUAGUUCUUUGCAGCCAAAUACUAUGUAUCGGUGUUGUGUGUCAGCUGUGAACAAUGCUGGGGAAAGCACCACUUGCGUUAAUAAGCGUACACUGGAAGGAGCUCCUUCUGGGUAUCCAGUAAAUCUCCAUCAUCGAGUACUUAACCCCACUGUCAUAAUGCUUUCCUGGACUGAACUUCCAUACCAGCAGAGGAAUGGAAUCAUUCGCCACUAUGAAGUGAGGGUGUGUCAGAUUGAACCAGUGGGACAGUGCGAGGAUCACCAAGCAACUGGAACAACCUUGGAGUUAUCCUUACAUCCACACUAUAGGUACAGCUGGACUGUGGCAGCCUACACUGUUGCUAGGGGUCCAUACAGCCAGUCACUACCACCCUUUCAAAUGCCAGAGGACACCCCUUCUGGGUCUCCUGCAAAUGUCCGUCAACGUGCACUUAACUCCACUGCUGUAUUGCUCUCCUGGAUUGAACCUCCCUACUACCAGAGGAAUGGAAUCAUUCGCCACUAUGAAGUGAGGGUGUGUCAGAUUGAACCAGAGGGACAGUGCGAGGAUCACAAAGCCAAAGCAAUCGGAACAAGCUUGGAGUUAUCCUUACACCCACACUAUAGGUACAGCUGGACUGUGGCAGCGUACACUGUUGCUAGGGGUCCAUACAGCCAGUCACUACCACCCUUCCAAAUGCCAGAGGACACCCCUUCUGGGUCUCCUGCAAAUGUCCGUCAACGUGCACUUAACUCCACUGCUGUAUUGCUCUCCUGGAUUGAACCUCCCUACUACCAGAGGAAUGGAAUCAUUCGCCACUAUGAAGUGAGGGUGUGUCAGAUUGAACCAGAGGGACAGUGCGAGGAUCACAAAGCCAAAGCAAUCGGAACAAGCUUGGAGUUAUCCUUACACCCACACUAUAGGUACAGCUGGACUGUGGCAGCGUACACUGUUGCUAGGGGUCCAUACAGCCAGUCACUACCACCCUUCCAAAUGCCAGAGGACAGACCAAGUGGCCCUCCACAGAAUGUACGGCAUGGAUCAUUGCGUGACUCCUCAGUGCAGCUGUUCUGGAGCCCACCUCCCCUUGAAGAUCAGAACGGGAUCAUUACCAGAUACAAUAUGUAUAUUCUGAAUGCUGACAAUAUUGUUAUCGCUAGAAUGCCAGAAGUGGGUGUCAUGACAACUAUAGAAUCUCUAGAAGAAUUCACUACUUUCUGGUUUCAGUUAUCGGCCGUGACAGCUGCUGGGGAAGGGCCCCACACUGUGUACGGACCUGUUACUACGGCAAUAGGUGUAAAGUACGGAAUAUUGAUAGGAUGUGGAGCAUUUGCGUUAGUGGUAGUGAUUUCAAAUGCUUUCUUGAUCGUAAUUUGUUUGUGUCGGAGAAAGAAAAGACAGAUAAAAGACAACGCAAAACACCACUCUGGUACUAAAAACGAGCAUCAGUCUACAAAUGAGCAGAAACUGAACACAACUGAACAAAAAGCAAAAACAAUUCCUUCCAUUCCCACGAGACGCUAUCUUGAAGAUGAUGACUUCAUGGUCGAGAAUUUUGAUGGUCAACCAGCCAUUCCCUCAAGAACCGCCAUCAUGGAUCAAGUCAGUGUAGGCUCACAAAGGAGCGAUGAUGAGCCUGCAGUCCCACCUCGAUCAUACCUGCUGGACAACGAAUUCGUACAAAGCCUCGAGGUGAGGAGGAAGGACGAACCAGACCUAGAGGACGAAGAAAAGAUCUACCAGCCGUUGAUUCCACCAAGACGUUACGAAGAGAGUUGCCAAGACAACUCCGAUGUUUAUCAAACUCUCACUUCAAAUAGAUCAAAAGGAGACUCUAGGGAAAUGCAUUUCAGACUAAAGAGAUACAAUUUGCGACUGAUUCUGAGAACCAUUACCAAGAGAGCAGAACAAAGUGUGUACGAGAUGGUGACAGUCGGUGCUAGCAAAGAUGGUGAGAAUAUUGAGACUGUCCCUAACAAUUCUGAAGGCCACUACCAGCCAUUGAUGAAGCGUGAAGAGCCUAGCGAUUAUCAGCCGAUAUCUACAUGCAUUAGUCGUGGACAGACUAGUUUUGUAAUGCAGUCAGAGAGUACCUCGGAGGAGGGCCACUAUCAAGCAUUGGAGAGCUCCAUUGGCUGAUCCUCAGCGGAAGAUCUCGUUGCUUGCUUCGAUGAACAUGGAGGGGUGAUGGAGGUGGCUGGUGGUUCCAGUGGAGAGAUAGUUGUGACUGGAGGAGAGAUGGUUGUGACUGGAGGAGAGACGGUGGUGGCUGGAGGAGAGACGUUGAUGACUGGAGAAGAGACGGUGGUGGCUGGUGGUUCUCUUGAAGAGGAGACUGGCUGUAGAUCAUCUAGAUUAUAUUAUAUUAGUCAAUAUAAUUAUUAUAGCAAUUAUAAUUAAUCUAUACAGUGUCUAUCAUUCAGUAUGCAGUGCCAUGAACUCUCCCUUACCUGAAA